CUGUACAGAGUGAAUGUGUCUGUGCAACAUACACCACAGCUCUGUAUGGCACCAGCCUGCAAUCACGGAAGCGUGAACCUGUGUUGCUGGGGAUCAUUCCAGGCUGAGGAUACAGGUGCUUUCAGACGCACCAAAUCGGGUCAUCAGGGGAACAGUGUGCGCUCACUUUGGUUAUAGUUAGUGAAUCCACGCAAGUAUUAUGUGGAUCCACGCAAGUAUUUUGACAUGUGUGCUUCUUUUGGCCAAUGAAGCAAGAGCUUUGAACAAGAUUUUUGGUGAUAUUGAGCCAGUGAGAAUGACAUCUGAAGGCUCAGACUGCCGCUGUAAGUGCGUGAUGAGACCGCUGAGCAUUGAAGCGUGCAGCCGGCUCCGUGACGGAAGCUUACGAGUGGAUGACUUUUACACCGUGGAGACGGUGAGCUCAGGCUCUGACUGUAAAUGCUCCUGCACGGCUCCUCCCUCCUCACUAAACCCAUGUGAGAAUGAAUGGAGAACAGAGAAACUGAGGAAGGAAGCUCCUGAACUUCUCAAGCUACAUUCAAUGGUGGAUCUGCUGGAAGGAACGUUGUACAGCAUGGAUCUGAUGAAGGUCCACGCUUACAUGAACAAGGUGGUGGCUCAGAUGAACACAUUAGAAGAGACCAUAAAGUCAAACCUUACACGGGAAAAUGAUUUUGUAAGGGAUAGCGUUUUGAAUCUGUCCAAUCAGCUGAAGCGAUACGAGAACUACGCUGACAUAAUGGUCAGCAUAAAGAAGGAGAUCUCCAGUCUGAGUCUACAGCUACUGCAGAAAGACGCAGCCCAUGAUAAUAAAGCACAGGGCACAGAAAAUAAAAAGUCUAAGGAGGCUGUAAAACCGGCCAACAAGAAGCCCCCGGUGGUCAAACCUCCAUCCAAACAGCCUAAAGACAAACCAGUGAAGCCCAAGAAAGAGACCCCCGCCAAACCAUCCAAACCUGCAAAGCCAAAGCCCACCACCAAAACCAAGACCCUGGUCCACCAGACUGGUGUCAUAAGGGGGAUCACAUACUACAAAGCUUCUAAGGGAGACGACACUGAGAGAUAUUCAGCUGGGAGAGGAGAGAGAGAAAACCCAGCCAAAACUCAUGCUGUCCACCAACCUGAGGACAAGAGGAGUUCUGAGCUGGAAGAUCCUGAAAUUACUAUGACUGUACCUCCAACAACAACCACCACCAGUACGCUCAUUUCCAUGACAACCACAAGCACCACACUAGCAACCAUCAGUCGUGAAGCUCUCCUCAGGAACUCAACCAUGUCCACACCAGCAUCAAAGAAGAUGAUAGACACGGAGACUGUCGAACUGAACUCAACAAAAUCGAAUGAAGGAAAGGUCAACUUACAUAAAGCAGGUAAAUCUCUAGAUUGUGAAGGCACCAUAGCAUCUGUGGAGAUGCCAGAUAAGCAUCACAGCUACGGACGAAAUGAAGGAGCCUGGAUGAAAGAUCCAAUGGCGAAGGACAACAAGAUCUAUGUGACAAACUACUACUAUGGAAAUAACCUUGUGGAGUUUAGAAAUCUGGAAAACUUUAAACAAGGUCGCUGGAGUAACCUCUACAAGCUUCCCUACAACUGGAUAGGAACGGGACAUGUGGUCUACAACGGUGCUUUAUACUAUAACAGAGCCUUCACCAAAAACAUCAUCAAAUACGAUUUGCGAAUGCGCUAUGUAGCGGCUUGGACUCUGCUUCACGACGCGGUCUACGAGGACACCACGCCCUGGAAAUGGAGAGGCCAUUCGGACAUUGAUUUUGCCGUGGACGAAAGCGGACUCUGGGUGAUCUACCCUGCGAUGGAUUACGACUACUCGCAGAACGAGGUCAUCGUCCUCAGCAAGCUGGACCCAGGCGACCUCUCCAUGAAGAAGGAAACCACGUGGAGGACUGGACUGAAGCGCAACUCGUACGGAAACUGCUUCCUUGUGUGCGGCGUGCUGUACGCCAUCAACGUCUACAAUCAGAAGGAGGGCGAGGUUUCGUAUGCUUUUGACACACACACGAAUACGGAGGCCGCUCCACAUCUGCUGUUCACCAACGAGUACGCCUUCGUGACCCAAGUGGACUACAAUCCUAAAGAGAAGGUGCUGUAUGCCUGGGACAAUGGUCAUCAGCUUACCUACAAUAUUCAGUUUGUGGGACAGUGAUGUUUUGGGUCAAAAAUCAGACACUGUUUCCUUCAUGUUACGAGUGUUUCAAUCCCUGUUCCAAGGUGGUGGUAUGGUGACUCAUCUGAGAGGGUACUCUAAGAGUACUCAUGAUUUGGGAAUAUGUAUUAUUUUCUGAACUGAAAUGUUUGCGGACUAAACGUUGAGAAAAUGGGACGUCUCAGAUUUAUGUUGUUCAUGAUCAGGACCCCAAAUUAUAUAUCACUUGUCUAUAGGUACAGGUAAAUAACGUUCUAAAGAAAAACAUACAAGAAUAUGUAAUAAUUUUACACAAUUUAUGGAAGAAUGUUUUCUAUUUUCCUUUUGGUUGUGUAAUAAUAUCACUUAUAGGAGCUAUAUGUAGAAAGAAACUCUUAUUAGUGACACCGGUGGGAGUUAAGUAAAUUGCAGCCAGCAUCCAAACACUUCAUAGUGACACAAGCUUGAAAAGAGGGAUUGAAAAUGAUUUACCCACAUCAGGUCGAAAGAUGAGAUCUUUCAAAAUUAAAGCAAUUCUCUCGGGAUCAGGCAUAGACAUCCCUUGAAUUUUCUGUCCUUAAAGGGAUAGUUCACCCAAAAAUGAAAAUUCCGUCAUCAUUUACUCACCCUUAUUUCAAACCUGUAUAAAUUACUUUGUUCCGAUGAACAUAGAGAAAGAUUUUUGGAAGAAUGUUGGUAAUUUUCCUUUCCUGGACAUCUGUGACUACCGUAGAAGAAAAAAUUAAAUGGUAGUCAAAGGUGCCCGAUAACUCUUUGAUAAUUCUUCAAAAUAUAGGCCUAUCAUUAUGUGUUCAACAGAACCAAAAAAUACAAUAUUUUUUUCCUACUAUGGUAGUGGAUGAUGUCCCAGAACUGAAAAUAGCUAACAUUCUUCCAAAUAUCUUUCUCUGUUUUCAUUGGAACUAAGAAAUUUAUACUGGUUGGAAACAACCUGAGGGAGAGUAAAUGAUGGCAGAUUUUUCAUUUUUGAAUGAACUUUCCAUCAAAACAAAUCAUACUACAGGCUUUCGUAUACAACCUGCAAAACCAGGAAAGGUCUCGUUUUUUAACUCUUCACAAAUUGACGAUAAAAAGCAAUUAAUUUAUGAAAAUCUGUACAUAGAGCCGCUUUAACUACAGUAACACACUCACUUUAGAUUAGGGUCCUAUACUCAUUUCUUACUAACUAACUAACUAUAAUAAUAAACUUCUUAUUAUUGCUUAGUUGUUAGGAAUAGGUGUGAAUCAGAAUAAGGCAUUAUAUGUGCUUAAUACGUAAUAAUAAACAGUCAAUUAGCAUACUAAUAAACGACUAGUUGAUAGUGAGAAUUGGGCCCUAAUCUAAAGUGAUACCAUAAUUACACAUUGGACUGCUUGACAUGCACAAAUCAAAAACAGAAUUUGAAGUUUUAUGUAAAUGUAUUUCAUUUCAGUUGUUUAUUUUGUAAAAUAUUCAGUUUUCCACUGUAAAUACCGUUCCACGAAUAGGUUUUACAGUAUUCAUAUUAUUGUGUAAGAGUAUAUUCACCAAACAUACACAAAUACUCCUGGAUGAGUUAUGUCUCUUCUGUAUAUUACAUGUGUAAAACUUCACAUUUUGCGCAAGAGAAUUAAAAAUAAAAUGACCUAA